AUGGCAUUCGAAUUGGGCACACCCAUCAACACUGCGCUGCUGCUCUACAUUCUCUACUCAGUGCAGCGGAUCCUCUUCCCAUCAAACGCUGUCCCUGAGACGGCGCCGAACGAGUUCAAGACAAGCUACUCGUGGAUACCCAAGACGCACCCGCCCACGCUCCUGUUCAAGACCUACACGCCAAAGACGCUGGAACCAUUCAACGGCCAGGAUGGGAAACGCAUCCUGCUUGGGAUUAAUGGCGUCGUAUAUGAUGUUACGGCGGGGCGGAACUUCUACGGGCCUGAGGGAAUGUACGCGAACUUUGCGGGACGGGACGCCUCCCGAGGGAUGGCGAAGCAGUCUUUCGAUCUCGAGAUGCUCACGCCCGUGGACAAGGCGCUAGACAAGCUCGAUGACUUGACUCCGGAGGAGAUCGACAAUAUGCGAGGCUGGAUGGACCACUUCUCUAACAAGUAUAUCAUCUGUGGCAAGCUUGUGGAGAAUGAUGCUGCUUGA